GCCCGUUGAUACACGAUGGAUGCCUCUUGCGCCUGUGGCGCCGUUAGAUUCACAAUACCCACCCCAGCACCUCUCAUGCUCUACCACUGUCGCUGCCUCGAUUGUUGCAAACAGUCAGCAAGCGCCUUUGGCACCGCUGCCAUAUUUCCCUUUUUUCGGCUUCCUGAUAAUGACUUGACCACCCAACGAUGCUUCUUCUGCAGAGGCUGUGGCAGCCGGAUUAUGCAUAUGUACAUUCUUGACCAAGGAAGUCCGGAUGCUGUAACUAUCAAAGGAGGUCUGAUCGAGGACCUGGACUGGACAGGGGGAACCGAGCUGUUCUGCAGAAGCGCGGUUGUGCCGCUCCCUGAAGGAGCAGAGAGGUUUGAGGCAGAGCCCACCGACUGAUCGUUCACAUUAGGGACAUGCAGGAAGGCAUCUGGAACAAGGAAGCGCAAUCCAAAAGUCUCGAAUAGGAGGACCUCUACCAGGCG